AUGGCGGACGACGAUCUCGCCACCCAAGGCGCGACUUCGCCGGGAGGUGGCGCGAGCGGGACAGACAGGGCGCCCCGUCGCGUGGUGGAUCGACUCCCCGCCGAGCAAGGCGAGAGGAUCGCCGCGCUCGUCCGGGAACUGCACGGCGGGCGCAACCACGUCGCCGUCGAUGCCUCCGCCGCGAGCUACGCGGGGCUGGACAGCGGGCUCCGUCGCGUGGCGGAUCUACUCCCCGCCGAGGAAGGCGAGAGGUUCGCCGCGCUCUUCCGCGAAUUACGCGGCGGCCCCAACCACGUCGCCGUGGAGUUCUCCGCCGCCUCCUACGCGGGGCUGUACAACGGAACCGCGGCUCAUGACCCCGUGGUCGGGAUCCCCGCCGAGCUCAACUCAGCUUCGGCCCCUGUCGUUCCGAGCUCCGCGGGGACGGUCUACUACACCGUGGCGCAAGACGGCCCCGGCAGCAAAUCGAAGGAGGGCGAGGAGGAGGAGGGCGAGGGGGACGGGAUAGAUCGCCUCACCGACCUCCCCAACGACGUCCUCUCCGACAUCGUUGGACGUCUCCCGCUCGUGGAGGCUGUUCGUACCCGCGUUCUGUCACGUCGCUGGCGCAUCCUUCCGACCUGGCGACCGCGCCGAUCGCUCGCCGCUGCGCUAUUUGCUGACACGGAGAAUGCCGACAGCGACGGCGACGAGGACGCCAUCACAAGCGGCGUCGCUCUCCACCAGGCGGAUCGAUUCAGCGAGUUACCGGACCACGUCAUCUGCUCGAUACUCUGCCGUGUGCCUCUGGUCGAGGCCAUCAGGACAUGUGUGCUGGGGCGCCGUUGGCGCGAGGUAUGGACAUGGUUACCCUGUCUCAAUUUUGAUGACAUGGCCGUGGGAGAUGCUGGCGUCACGAGCUUCCUCAAUUUUGUCGACGAAGUGCUCGCGAGGUGCUCGGACAUGAAGGUCCAGCGAUUCAUGCUGAGGGUAACCAACCCCGACAACGUCGACGGCGCUCGGCUCGCGGCAUGGAGUGCCCAUGCCGCGGAGCGCGUCAGCGGUCGUGUCAUGUUCAAGCUGGAUCUCGGAGCGGACUUCUUGCAAGGUGAAACAGUGUUUGAGAUGCCAAAUCAGGCACUGGCGGACUCUUUCAGUGUCUCCAUAUCACAUCCCGAGGAGAUCGCGUUCAUGGUGCGCCUCACCGCCAAUGGUCAGUUUGCUCUAUUGACUCGCCUGGUUCUCGUUGGGACAAGGUUCAGAGCUGACGGCGGGAGCCUCCGGCUGGAGGACGUGAGAGGUGUCUUCUGGCUUCGCCUUAGCUCAUCUUCCUUGAUAGAGCUGACAGCCAUGUUCGUGAGUGAUCUGACAGAAGUGAAGCUUGAAACACCAAAACUGAACCACGUCCACUUUGCGUACUCCUUUGUUGGCAAAGAAGCCACAACACUAUCGGUCUUUAAGCACCAACUUACGGAAGUCGUCUGGAAUGACACUUGGCCUGUUCACAGUGACCUUGGAACAGCUGUGAGCCUUGAAAAGCUCACGGUCCAUCGCCAGAACAACUCACAGAACCUGAAGAGGAUCAUUUCCCAGUUCAGAUUAAGAAGUGUGAAGACCCUUUGUGUUAGUGUUUCAACGGAUGAGGACAUUGAGGAAGUGAAGACUGAGGUUCACUCUAUGAGGAAACCGCGACACUGUAAGCUUGUGAUUCAGAUGUCCGAGAAUGAAGAUUGA